GUGAAAAUGAUCCAUAUGUGUUAUCAUCACUAGAUCCACCUCCGUAUAUGCAUACUCACAACACUACUCGCAUCAUCUAUAAUUGUGCCAAUCCCGAAUGGAAUGAAACUUUCUUUCAUAAAAUUCCGCAACUUGAUAUCGUUGAUGAACGUAUAAAAUUCAAGUUGAGCGUCACAGAUUGGGAUAGAUUUACUUCUGAUGACCUUAUUGGAAAUGCAUGGAUUGAUAUUAAAAAUAAGAUUGGUGAUGGAACUAAAAGAGUUAAAAUUCAUGAUGGCUUGCAAGUUACAGCUGCACCAUAUGCUAAAGAAGCCGGAAUAGUUUUGUCUGAUAAUGUUUACGAUGUAACAUAUCCAAAUCCUUAUUGUGUCGUAUAUUUGAAUGAUGCUAGAGUCUUUAGAACUCGUGCCAAAUUAAACAAGUAUGUCUUAAUGAAUGCGGCGCCAUACUGGAACGCGUCUACAGAACAAUUUGUUAAAGAUUGGAAAACGGCGGUUGUUAGAAUUGUUGUUAAAGAUCAAAAAGAUCUGGAAUAUGAUCCGGUAAUUGGAAUGGCAACAAUUCCUUUAAAGGGACUUCUUGAACAUAAGGGAAAGGAGAAAAAUGGUAUCCAUUACGACAUGGCGUUGGAUGCGUUACAAUUUGGAGUAUUAAGACGUCAUAGAACCGGACUUGUAAUUACAUUGAAACAACGUGGCAUAUUUGGAGUGACACACACUGUGGGCACUACUACUUUCUGGUUGAAAGAUAUGUGCGAUUGUAAAGAAUUCGAAGUUAAGUUACCAAUAUACGCAAAGAAGUCUGAAAAUAGUCUUAGACUGCAAGAUCAGACGGUAAAAGAACAACAAUCCAUGAGUAAUCUGACAAAUAAUGAAGAGGUUUCUCGUCCUCAACAUAAAACUUUUAAAGACAAUCAAUCGAAUGUAGCUGAAGGACCGUCCAAAGAAAUUAUUUCCGAUGAAUUAGAAAUCGGAGAAAUCAUUUACGACGAACCACAAGAAUUAGGUAUAUCCAAUGAAUUGAAUAAUAUUACACCAAAUGAAUUAUCACAGCAGGGACACUGCUCAUCUUCAACAAAUGAUAAAAAUAAACAAUGUAAAGGAUACCUUAAGGUUAAACUGUACUUCCGACCGGGUUUAUCAACAGCUCAUGAGGAAGAUAUUAAGAAAAGUUUGACAGGAGUAGACGCAAGUAUUUUAGAGCUUAAUCCAUUUCAAAAUAUUCAUAUUCGAAGAGAUGAUGAGACAGAAACGUUUGACAUUGAAGAACGAAGUGUGCCCGAUAAUAUAGGAAUGUAUGAAAUUGAUGAUUAG